AUGAAUUUCUUUCGUCCUCCUCUAACUUCUUUUAUAAAAACUCUUGCUGAUCCACAAUUUGAAUCAGAAUAAUUUAUGAUUGGUAAUGAAUCUAUAACAAGCAAGAAGGAUAUGAUUAGAUAGUUACAAGAGUAAAUCCUAUAUUUUAAAGAGGCUAAUAAUUUUACAUAGUCUGAAAUGGAAGUGAUAAAAUAAUUUGAAUUACUAUUAGAAAGUAAACAAAAAAGAAGAGGUUUUGAUAUUAAUUUCCAUAUUUAAACCCAAGAUAUAAGUAGAAAAAAGAAAUCAGAAAUAUUUAGAUUAAAGCGUGCAAAGAAAAGAAUUAAGAUCAAGGUAUAUACUAAGAAACUUAAUGCAGCAAAAAAUAGAUUUAGAAUUUUAGGUUAAUUUAUAUCAAAUUAAGAGAUUUAAAUAAUAGAAGAAACUUUUGGAUCACAUGUUUUCAGUGACAAUCGUAAUUUCUCAUUGAAAAUAGGAAGAGCAUUAAAAAAUAAAUAUGGAUAUGAAUACUAUGAUAAAUCUUAAGUUAUUAAAGAAAUUAAAAGAUUAAAAAGACAAUAAGACCAGAUUUUGAGUCGUAUAUAGGGAAAGAAAUAAAUAUUUUGCAUAAAUACUAAAUAAUUAAAAUAAUAAAAAUAAUGA